UACAAGCGUGUACAGACGUAAACCUCAUCGAACAUGUGCUGCUUCGAUUGUCCCGGGCCGAUACGGUUGUUGCAGAUUUACUGAUCGACAUGCUCGGAGUACUGGCCAGUUAUAGUAUAACAGUGAAGGAGUUGAAGCUUCUAUUCGGUGCUAUGAAAGCUGUAAAAGGAAAAUGGCCACGACAUUCGGCGAAACUGUUAAACGUUCUCCGCCAGAUGCCGCAACGGAACGGGCCCGACGUGUUCUUCAGCUUCCCAGGAAAGAAGGGAUCGGCGAUCGUGCUGCCACCACUCGCGAAGUGGCCACACGAGAAUGGAUUCUCGUUUACCACGUGGUUCCGUCUGGACCCCAUCAACUCCGUUAAUAUCGAACGAGAAAAGCCGUACCUCUACUGUUUUAAAACUAGCAAGGGAGUGGGAUAUUCCGCGCAUUUCGUGGGGAACUGCUUGGUCCUCACCUCUAUGAAAGUGAAGGGAAAGGGUAUCCAACAUUGUGUCAAAUAUGAAUUUCAGCCACGAAAGUGGUAUAUGAUCGCCGUAGUGUACAUAUAUAAUAGGUGGACGAAGAGCGAGGUUAAAUGUUUGGUCAACGGUCAAUUGGCUUCGAGUAGCGAAAUGGCGUGGUUCGUUUCGACAAACGACGUUUUUGACAGAUGUUACAUCGGGGCUACACCGGAACUAGACGAGGAGCGAGUGUUUUGCGGACAAAUGAGCGCUAUUUAUCUGUUCAGUGAAGCUCUGACGACGCAUCAGAUAUGCGCUAUGCACAGACUGGGCCCGGGAUAUAAGAGUCAGUUUCGUUUUGACAACGAGUGUUACAUGAAUCUGUCUGAGAAUCACAAAAGGGUGCUUUACGAUGGCAAGCUGUCGAAUGCGAUUGCGUUCAUGUACAAUCCGGUAGCAACGGAUUCUCAGCUUUGCUUGCAAAGCGCACCGAAAGGCAACGUCUCCUAUUUUAUACAUACACCACACGCCCUUAUGAUGCAGGAUGUUAAAGCUGUCAUCACGCAUUCCAUUCAUAGCACGUUAAACUCGAUUGGUGGCAUUCAAGUGUUGUUCCCUUUGUUCUCGCAACUAGAUAUGCCUUACGAUUGCAUAGCGCCCAACGAUGUUAAACGAGAUCCAACUUUAUGUUCGAAACUGUUGGGGUUUAUUUGCGAUCUCGUGGAAAGUUCGGAAACCGUGCAACAACACAUGGUACAAAACCGUGGCUUUCUGGUAAUCAGCUAUAUGCUGCAGAGAGCAAGCAGAGACCACCUUACAACGGAAGUCCUCACGUCCUUUUUGGAUCUCACGAAGCACCUGGUCACGUGUCUCAGCGUGAACAGCGACUUGUUACUGAAACAGCUAUUGGACCACGUCCUUUUUAAUCCCGCUCUGUGGAUAUAUACACCGGCGCCGGUGCAAACCAGGCUUUAUUCGUACUUGGCCACAGAGUUCCUCAGUGACACGCAAAUAUAUUCUAAUGUAAGGAGAGUCUCCACAGUAUUACAAACGGUGCACACGCUUAAGUACUACUAUUGGGUUGUCAAUCCUCGAGCUAAGAGUGGAAUCACGCCCAAAGGACUUGAUGGACCGCGGCCCCAGCAGAAGGAUAUAUUGACAAUACGUUCUUAUAUUUUGUUAUUUCUGAAACAAUUGAUCAUGAUCGGGCAUGGAGUGAAGGACGACGAGCUGCAAAGUAUAUUGAAUUACCUAACGACAAUACACGAGGACGAGAAUUUACACGACGUUUUGCAAAUGCUUAUAUCUUUAAUGUCAGAGCACCCGUCGUCGAUGGUGCCUGCUUUCGAUGCCAAGCAUGGCGUCACCACGGUUUUCAAGCUGUUGGCAGCCGAAAGCCAACUGAUACGUUUACAAGCGUUAAAGUUAUUAGGAUUCUUUUUAAGUCGCAGUACACCCAAACGGAAAGGAGACGUUAUGGACCCCUACAACCUGUACACGUUACUAGCUGAAAGAUUACUGCUGAACGAGGACACAUUGUCACUACCAACUUAUAAUGUUUUAUACGAGAUCAUGACAGAACAUAUUAGUCAACAGAUUCUUUAUGCCAGGCAUCCUGAACCGGAGUCCCAUUAUUGUUUAGAAAAUCCGAUGAUUUCAAACGUAGUAGCAACGUUGAUUCGACAAUCAAAGCAAACGGAGCAAUUGUUAGAAGUGAAGAAGCUGUUCCUCUCGGAUAUGACGUUUUUGUGCAACAACAAUCGAGAAAAUCGACGAAUUAUUCUACAGAUGUCUAUAUGGCAGGAAUGGUUAAUAGCCAUGGCCUAUAUUCACCCAAAGAACACGGAAGAACAGAAGAUCUCGGAUAUGGUGUACUCGUUGUUUCGCAUGCUUCUGCAUCAUGCUAUGAGAUACGAGUGCGGUGGAUGGCGUGUGUGGAUAGAUACCCUGUCCAUCGUGCACUCCAAGGUAUCCUAUGAGGAAUUCAAGCUUCAGUUCGCUCAAAUGUACGAGCAUUACGAGAAGCAACGCUCAGAUAACAUCACGGAUCCCGAGUUAAGACGGCAAAGGCCAAUCAGCACUAUCUCCGGAUGGGAUCAGCAGCAUUCAGGGAAUAAUGGGUAUAACAAACCAUCAUCCUGGGGCAAUCAACAGAAUCACGAAGUACAACACAUAGAAAGGAAUUAUAAGGAGUUCGAUGCGACCGAGAACAACGACCGGUUGGAAGAGUCCUGCAGUUGCGAUUUGAACUCGAUAGACAAUACCGAGAGUGAUGGCAGCCCAGCGAUCGUGAAGUCGCAUAGCGAGACUUUAGAUACCGCGCAGUCGAGUGAAGCGAUAUCCCUGGACUCCAGAUUAAGUGACAAACCAGAAACACCGACAACAGCGCGAGAAAUUCACACGGACACACCAACGAUCCUGGAAGAAGGGAAUAGCGAAGCGAUCUCCAUUCCAACGACCCAGGAAACCAGCGAAGCGAUAUCGAUAGAGAGCUCCAGUGACUUCUACAGCGAAGUUCACAAGAUCGAAGGUUCUAGUCCAGAUUCGAUGGCGGUACAGGAAGUUCUAAAGAAAGAUGAUGAACCCUCCGAACAGAAAUCACAAAACGAAACGGUCUCCCAAUCGCCCUUGGCUGAACAAACGGAGCAAAGCGUACAGACUAAGCAGGAAGAAAUUGAGAAGUCUAACGAGACCGUAUCAACGUCUAAAAACAACUCAGACGCGUGUGAUACUGUUACUUCUAACGUACAGAAGUCAGGGAAUGAAACUGAACUUGAAAUUUGCGCCGAUGCCGGAGCUGAAGCGGAAGCCGAAGCCGAAACUGAAGCCGAAGCCGAAGCAGAAGGCGAAGCUGAAUGCGAAGCCGAGGUCGAAGCUGAAGUCGAAGCUGAAACUGAAGUCGAAGCCGAAGCUGAAGCGGAAACCGAAGCUGAGGCUGAAACCGAAGCCGAAACCGAAGCCGAAGCUGAAACUGAAAUCGAGGUUGAAGUCGAAGCUGAAGCCGAAGUUGAGGUUGAUGCUGAAAGCGAGGCUGAAGCUUGCGCGAAGAAGGACGAAGAGACGCGUAAAGAAAAAUCAAAGGUGAAGGAUAUUGCUCCGAAUGAUGAGGUUCCUUCUGACACUACGGAAGUUUCCGAAAAAUCGAAACAGACAAACGACGAGAAAACGGACACGACGUCAACGGACAUCGUCGUUUCAACGGAACAAGUUGACUCGGAAGCUGUGUCACCUGUUUUCUCUAGCGAGACACCAGAACCAUUGACCAUCAAAGACAUCGAGAAGCUGCAAUUGGAGAACGACCGAGAAGUGAUCGACAGCGACACCUCAGAGGCGUACUUAACACCGACAGAGAACCAAGAUAAUAUAGGCGACAUAAAGCCGAAGGAGGCAGAUAAGGUCGAAGACAGUGUGACUGAGAACACCGAAAACACGGAGGAAACGAACGUUGACGUUGAAAAUAACGGAAACGAUGUCGAGGAAACCGUAAAAAAUUCCAAUUGCUCAACUAGCGUAAUAGAAAGUAUCGAAACUGGUAAAAAGAAGGUAGAUGUAGAAGACAAGAAAGUGGAAACAGUAGUGACUAGUGAGUUAAGUAGUGACAGAUGCGCCGUGGACUCUGUAACAGAGGACAAAAGUGCUGUUAUUAAUGAUAACGACGAGAAGGUAACUGAAAAACAUUCAAGGGAGCCGUCCACUAUUUGUACUAACGUAAGUGAUAAUCAGUCAGACAUUCCAGUGGGAACUGAAAACGAGGUAGAAGUAACAGAUAGUGUUUGUAGUAAUAGCGAUAUUCAAAGUUCUGUAGAUAACGUGACGCAAGUGCCAAAUCCUAAACAGCAAAUUCCAACAAUAUCUACGGUCUGUGAUGCAAAUAAAAAUAUACCCGACGGUGUGCCUCAAAUCGUUAGUUCUACAGUGGUUACGAGGGAUAAUUCAUUAUUGAAUGACUUAACUCCAGAUCACGUAGAUGCUCAUCGCAGAUUCAGCUUGCCAGCUGUAUCAUCCGAGACAGCCACCGACGAUAAUGUAAACAGUAACAGUAAUAAACCUCCUUCUUUACCUGUACCCUUGCGGAAAACAUCGUCACCUCAGAAACGACCAAGGAGUGCCUCAACGUUCACGCAAGUGGACCCCAAUCAUUUCGAAUCGAAACGAUCGAAACAAGGUAAUCCUUCUACAAGACCAAUGUUUAGUCCAGGGCCGACUCGUCCUCCUUUCACAAUGCCAGACUUCAAAUGGUCUUACAUACAUCAAAGGUUACUCUCGGAUGUUCUCUUUUCAUUAGAAACAGACAUUCAAGUUUGGAGAAGCCAUUCGACGAAGUCGGUAUUAGACUUUGUAAACAGCAGUGAAAACAUAAUUUUUGUUCUUAACACCGUUCACCUGAUUUCACAACUGGCUGACAAUCUUAUAAUUGCCUGCGGAGGGUUGUUACCGCUUCUAGCAUCGGCGACCUCACCCAAUAGCGAAUUGGAUGUAAUUGAACCAACUCAGGGGAUGCCAAUUGAUGUAGCAGUUUCUUUUCUGCAAAGACUAGUCAACAUGGCCGAUGUACUUAUCUUCGCCACGUCUUUAAAUUUUGGUAACGUGGAGGCUGAGAAGGUUAUGUCUAAUGGCAGUAUUCUAAGGCAGUGUUUACGACUGGUCUGUACAUGUGCCGUUAGAAACUGCUUAGAGUGUAAAGAACGUGGCAGAUCGUACAGCAUGUUAGGUCGGCAGAUUGGUUCUAGUAAUAAAUCACAGCACAUACAGUCUCUUAUACGAGGAGCUCAAACAUCACCCAAGAACAUAGUGGAUAAUCUGGCACAUCAAUUAAGUCCUGUAAAAGAUCCUGAGAAAUUACUACAAGACAUGGAUGUGAAUCGUUUAAGAGCUGUGAUAUACAGAGAUGUUGAGGAAACCAAGCAGGCCCAGUUUCUGUCCCUCGCUAUAGUUUACUUCAUCUCUGUACUAAUGGUAUCAAAGUACCGUGAUAUAUUGGAACCACCAAUAUCACAACGUCCACCAAGUCCAGUUCAAACAAUACAGACUAAUGGUGCUAGUUUAAGACCAGGUAGCCCUUCAGAUGGGAAUGGUGGUGGAGGAGGGCGGCCCCUGUUUCCACAGUGGUCUCACCACGUGUACCCACAGUUCCUCCCGGGAUCUCACCCUAACGCCAAUGCGAAUGCCAAUGCCAAUGCCAACCACCACAUGAACCAGCACCACCACCAGCACCCGCUACCGGCUGCCAGGCACUCUAAUCGCCAGCCCCCCUCCAACUAUUAUCUCCCGAAUCACCACAGUAAUCAUUACAACCAUCAUCCGAAUAACCAUAACUAUCAUCGUCAUCAUCAUUACCAUCAUCACAAUAACAACAAUCACCAUCAUACGCUUCAAAAGCAUAUCGAUCAGCCCCGAAAUCUCUGUCAUAGAAACUCCGGUGUUGGUCUGCAAGGAAGCGGAGGUAUCAUGAGCCAGGCUGGCUCCCAAGAUGACGGCGAAUACGAGGUGAUAAUAGUCGACGAGAACAACUCGUCGAUUCUGGCGGAUCACGACGUCACGUCGUCCGGACCUCCAUCGACAAAGGGAGGUCACAGUGGUGUACCUCGGCCACGGACAAUCCUCGAGGAUUACACCUCGUCAGAACCAACGCUUGGCUCUACGACAAGACCCACUGAACCACUGCCACGAAAUGUCCAGAGCAACGACUCCAGCGAAGAAACGGUGCAUCGUAGCAAUAUCACGGCUGAUGCCAGUCCAUCUGAAAUCGCAACGGACAAUGAGAACAAACAUAACUCCUCCGAAGAGGCUUGGACCGACGUGAAUUUGAACGAGGACGGAGACACGAUCCCGAUGACGAACCAGAGGGAAGAUCCGCGAAACGUUCACAACAUGGCGCACUCUCGCGGUGACAUCCAAGACAGCGAAGGCAACGUGCUAGAGCAGGGGAUGCUGGGUAACGCGGAACGUGGCGAGAAACCAUCCGGCGAAAUAUCGGUGGUUCGAGUCUCGGACAGAUUAGUGAUGACUUCCGCGUCGCCACGGCCGGACCAGUUACCGAUCAAGGGCCUUGUCGAUCAUUUGCCAGUCUCGACACCCUCGCGCGAGGCGUCGCUCACGCAGAAGCUGGAAAUGGCGCUGGGCUCCGUAUGCCCACUUCUGCGCGAGAUCAUGGUGGACUUCGCGCCGUUCCUCUCGAAAACCCUCAUCGGCUCGCAUGGACAGGAAUUGCUAAUGGAAGGCCUGACCACCUUCAAAAACAGCAAUUCCGUGGUUGAGCUGGUGAUGCUACUUUGUUCCCAAGAAUGGCAGAACUCGUUGCAGAAGCACGCGGGCCUGGCUUUCAUCGAGCUCAUUAACGAGGGAAGGUUAAUGUCUCACGCGAUGAAGGAACAUUUAGUCCGAGUGGCCAACGAGGCUGACCAUAUAGUGGACCGUGUGAGGGCGACGAACGUGAAGAGGCACGCAAACUUCGAGUCUCAGUGCGCGCAAACGCUACUGGAGCGUCGAGAAGAGGAGCGGAUGUGCGACCAUCUGAUCACGGCCGCGCGAAGACGGGACAAUGUUAUUGCCAGUAGAUUAUUGGAGAAGAUCCGUAAUAUCCUGUCCAACAAGCAUGGCGCAUGGGGAUACAUGGAUCCAAUGGCUGCAAAGUUGACCGAAUACUGGAAGCUGGAUGCUUGGGAGGAUGAUGCACGUAGACGUAAGCGUUUCGUGCACAAUCCACUAGGCUCGAGCCAUCCCGAAGCUACACUGAAGGCGGCUCUCGAACACGGUGCACCCGAGGAUGCGAUUCUGCAAGCUCGCGAAGAGUUUCACGCGCAUCUCGCAGCCUCGCGUGCACAUCAGCAGCAACUGCAGUCGGCGGAUCUGAUGGACGACAGUGACCUGUUAUCGGACGACAGAGACUUCGAUAACGAUCUGACAGGCCCGGUGAACUUCAGCACGAAAGGGAAAUUGAUCGCACCCGGUAUCGUGGCUGUUGGCAUUAUCUCGGUGACGUCCACGGAGCUGUACUUUGAGGUGGACGAAGACGACCCGGAGUUCAAGAAGAUCGACAGUGAGGUGCUGAAGUACUGUGAUCAUCUGCACGGAAAAUGGUACUUCUCGGAGGUUCGAGCGAUAUUCUCGCGCCGCUAUCUCCUGCAGAACGUCGCCAUCGAGAUCUUCCUGGCCAGUCGAACCUCGAUCCUGUUCGCGUUCCCGGACCAGAUGACGGUGAAAAGGGUGAUCAAGGCGCUACCGCGAGUCGGCGUGGGCAUCAAAUACGGGAUUCCGCAGACUAGGAAAGCGUCCAUGAUGUCUCCAAGGCAGCUCAUGAAGAACUCCAACAUGACGCAAAAAUGGCAGCGAAGGGAAAUAUCGAAUUUCGAGUACCUCAUGUUUUUGAAUACUAUUGCUGGUCGAACUUAUAAUGACUUGAACCAGUACCCCGUGUUCCCUUGGGUGUUGACUAAUUACGAGACCAAGGAGCUCGACCUGAGUCAGCCCAGUAACUAUCGUGAUUUAUCAAAGCCAAUUGGGGCGUUGAAUCCAAGUAGGAAAGCUUACUUCGAGGAACGCUUCCACAGCUGGGAACACGGCAGUAUACCACCGUUCCACUAUGGCACUCAUUAUUCCACAGCUGCUUUUGUUCUGAAUUGGAUGAUACGCGUGGAGCCUAUGACAACGAUGUUCCUGGCGCUCCAAGGCGGGAAAUUCGAUCAUCCAAAUCGAUUAUUCUCCUCAAUUGCACUGUCUUGGAAGAAUUGUCAACGUGAUACUUGCGAUGUCAAGGAGCUGAUUCCGGAGUUCUUCUUCUUGCCAGAAAUGCUGGUAAAUAGCAAUCGGUAUCGCUUGGGUAGACAAGAAGAUGGCAGUGUAGUCGGAGACGUGGAAUUACCUCCAUGGGCAUCGUCCCCGGAAGAAUUUAUACGAAUUAAUCGAAUGGCUCUCGAGUCAGAGUUCGUGUCUUGUCAAUUACACCAAUGGAUCGAUCUGAUAUUUGGCUACAAACAAAAAGGCCCGGAAGCUGUUCGAGCAACAAACGUUUUCUACUAUCUAACUUACGAGGGUAACGUGGAUUUGGAUACGAUAACUGAUCCAGUUAUGAGGGAAGCAAUAGAAAAUCAAAUUCGAAACUUUGGUCAGACACCAUCGCAACUUUCAAUCGAACCGCACUCCCCGAGAAGCUCGGCGAUGCAUUUGGUAAACAAUGUUCAUCUCACAUCGCCGAUGAUGUUUUCGAGCAUCCCAGACGACAUAUGCAUGACCAUCAAGUUCCCAUCAAACUCGCCGAUCUGUCAUAUCUCGGCUAACACAUACCCCCAGCUACCUUUACCGUCAGUCGUUACAGUCACUACUGGACAGCAAUUCGCUGUAAACAGAUGGAAUACCAACUACGCGGCAUUUGUACAAUCACCCAGUUACGUGGAUACUCCGCAAACGCAAACUCCUAAUCAGCCAUUGUCUAUGGACCCUGUUCUAUCUCAAGCGGCGAAUGGUUCGAAUCCCACGUUACGACGUCACUUGGGUGACAAUUUCAGUCAGAACCUGAAAAUACGAAGCAACUGCUUCGUCACCACGGUGGACAGCAGAUUCCUGGUCGCAUGUGGCUUCUGGGAUAAUAGCUUCCGCGUAUUUUGCACCGAAACUGCAAAAAUUGUACAAAUCGUAUUCGGCCAUUACGGAGUCGUCACGUGUUUGUCACGCAGCGAAUGCAACAUCACCUCUGAUUGCUACAUAGCAUCCGGAAGCGCCGAUUGCACCGUUCUGUUGUGGCAUUGGAAUGCCAGGACACAGACAAUUAUCGGUGAAGGUGAAGCACCUGCACCCAGAGCAACUCUUACAGGGCACGAGCAAACAGUGACGGCUGUCGUUAUCUCGGCUGAACUUGGUCUGGUCGUUUCCGCGUCUUAUUAUGGACCUGUUCUCGUACACACGACUUUCGGCGAUCUUCUGAGGUCGCUGGAAGCGCCAAGUGGAUUCUCUUCGCCUGAAAAUAUCGCAAUGUCACGGGAAGGGGUUAUAGUGGUGAAUUACGAACGUGGACAUAUAGCAGCGUACACUAUAAAUGGAAAACGGCUGCGCCACGAGUCUCACAAAGAUAAUCUUCAGUGUCUACUUCUCAGCAGAGACGGCGAGUAUUUAAUAACAGGUGGUGACAAACGAAUCGUAGAAGUCUGGAGGACGUUUAACCUCGCCCUCCUCUACGCUUUUCCAGCAUGUGAAAGUGGCGUGCGUUCUCUGGCACUGUCACAUGAUCAGAAGUUUCUUCUGGCUGGUCUGGCCAAUGGAUCGAUGGUGAUCUUCCAUAUCGACUUCUACAGGUGGCACCACGAGUACCAGCAACGGUACUGAGAUUGCUUCGCGUACGUCUAGCAAAGUCGAACGAAGCACGAACAUAGUUCAUCUGUCGUUCGUCUUCCUUGCACAACAUCGACAGAUUUCUCUCAGUUAUGGAUGCAACGCAACGGUAACAUCCACUCAAAAGUAAAUCUCGCAACAUCCAACCGUGUGUACAAUUUCAUUCCGACAGACCUGCGAUUCGAUCGUAAUGUGUCGAAUUCAAAGGGAACGCAUCGUGCAAUAACGCGAGGAUUAGGCAAAGUGUUCAUCAGCCGUCUCGAUGGAGUUUUAAAUAAGAAGCAACUUCGAGUGUGAUGAACAGUCUGAUCUUCGAGUGUUUACAGAUAGGAGCAACGAGCAACGACGCUUUCGUAAUCGUUUAUUACAAUCAAGUAGUGGGCGCAGAGGACAGUAGUCGCCGAGCAGCAGGUAUACUCAUGAUAUUCAGCGUGUUAGCAAUAAAGAAAACAAAAUUAAUUCGCUUUCUCGCGACUCUGUGGGAGAAUAUUCGAGUGCUUCCGUGAGAUGACGCGUGCGAACCGACGAUCAUGCGCAUGCGCACCAAGGCAGAACGAAGUUUCGAGCCCGGGAGAACUGGCCAAGCUCGAGCGCGCGUUAUUUCGCGACUUCGAUCGAGAUCGAUAUCUGCCUCGAACCUUCUAGCCAUGCAAAAGCCGAGAGAGACAGAAAGAAACGAAGAUUUACGAGGGUCACGGACGAAAUAAACUGUAUCGCUCUCUCUAUCACUAUCUCCCUCUCUCUCACACACACACACACACACACACACACACACUCUCUCUCUCUUUCUCUCUCUCUCUCUCUCUCUCUCUCGAACCGCUAGUCAAUUACGUACACAUUAUCUGUACGCUUGCGAAUACUCGAUGGCCGAUUCUCUCGACUCACCACGUUCGAGGCGUGUGGCGUAGUGAUCUAUUCGCGAUCGGAUCGUCGAAGGUUAGACUCGCGACGAAGAAUUUCGCGAGUAAUCCCUGUGUGGCAUGUCGAGACCGCGUUUCCUCCUUUGGAAGAACUUACGCGUGUCUGUGGCCCCUGACGACACGUUUAGCGCUAGUAACGUCCCGUGUAAAUACCAUUAUCUCUACAGCGUAUAAAUAUACAUGAAAUAUAUAUAUAUUCUAUACAUACACGCAUAACUCCGUGCUGUGGUGUCGUGCGAAUGAGCGAUAGAUGAUGAAAGAGAAUUGUAUUUCUGCGCCAAUGUUGUAAUCGCUGCUCGUGAUAAUGAGACACUCUUUGGCUAAGCACUUAGUGACUUCAGUUUUACGAGACUUAGGAACGUAAACGACACACACGUACACACGAACACGGUCUCACCUAUACAAAUUUUCUCCACCAAGUAUAUCACGUACGUACACCUUACACAGUAAGUACACGUUUGCACAAGAAGGCACUUUCGCAGGGGCAAUCGACGCUUUUUUCGCAGGGCCGCGUGUACGCUGGAUUGCCCCAUCUCGAGAAACACACACUAUAUAUACUAUAUUCACCAUGAUCACCAUCAUCAUCCAGCAACACUUCCUAUUCCCCGACAUUCACGACCUUCGAAAGAUAUCCUAAUUUUUGAUCAAAGCCGUCCAGCUUAACUUUUUGCGAGGAUAUUUCUUGGUAUUUUCGCAUGCGAUGUAUAAUUAAUCUGCAGAGACGAAGAAUUAUUAAUAGGCUUUAAAACGAGCGAGUUUGAAUCACGUGGAUUUACCCCGAUCUCGUUGGCGCCGUUCCCGCCACGAGCGCUGGGAUCGGCGUCACUCGUGUGUGAACGUGUCACCCGUGUGACGAUUCGAAUGGGACAGAAACAGGUUAGGUUUGCUCUUCGCGAUGAACCGCGAGCUUAGAGAACGAAAGGGUGGGAGAGAACGUGUAAAUGCAGAGACCAGUGAAAAUCGGAUAUAUCGAAAAAUAGAAGUGAAACUUAGGGACAAUUGAUCGAGAAAUAAUGUCACAAAUGAUCCAUGGGACUCUCGUCUACUCGUCGUUUCGCUGUAUCACGAAUGCUAGUCACUCUUCCUUCGAGGAACACCGGUGUUCACCGUAUUGAAUCAAAGGAAACGCGUGUGUGCACAGCUUUCAUUGUUCCGCGAUCGAUAUCCGGUCGAUAUUGUCGUUCACAUACAAUGGCGUAGCAAGCUAGAGAUCCGCUUCGGUCCGAUGAAUCAACGAUGAUUCUUUUUACACGCACGUUUAGUCAUCUUAGGUAAAUCUCGAUGUGUUUCCCUUCGGUAACGAUCAGUAACGCGAUAUUCAAGUCGGAUGGUGUUCGUAGGAGAUGGAGCGAGAAGAUGGCGGACAAGGGAGACGAAACAAUGGAAGACAAAGUGUGUGAGGGCGUGAAAAGACAGCGUGAGAGAGACACAGCGUAAAUGAGAAUAAUUUUGAACGAGAGUUUUGCGGCCACGUCGGUAAUCGUUGCUGCGCCACGUUUCGUGAGUCUACGCGUGCAGUCGCGUCCGAUAGAAUCAGCACUUUAGGGCCGAGACUUAAUUUCGCGGCACAUUUCGCAGUGGUUAAUUUCCGAGUACUUAAAGCUAGGCGAGGACAAAUUGAUAACGCUCGACGAAAGUUUAUCGAAAUAUAUUCCGUACAGUAACGUUUUCCCGAAUCAUGAUACAUCGCGAACGUCUCAGGAUGCAUCUAGUCAGGACACACGACAAGAAGCGUGGCGGGUUGCCGACGGAUCCCGAAUUCCUUAGAUGUCGAUAACACUUAAACGAAAAAAUCAUAUUACAGUACUGUCUACGUGGUAGAUGUAAAAUGUAAGCGUAUGGUGCCGUCGUUCUAGCGAUCGAUCGCUCUUGAGCUUGCGAGAAAAAGGGACAAAGGAUGGAAAAGUUGUCACGAUGUAACGUUGUAAUAACGGUUUAUUAUAAACGUUUCAGUGUCGGUUCUUGUAUCGUGCACCCGGCUCGCCGCCGGUCUCGUUAAUCGUACAAUUUAUACACGCAUAGGACAAUGUUACGUGUGCAACAACGUGUUUAACAAUUAUAUUAUCGCUACUACUCGUUAUGGGCGUGCUUAUUGCAUGAUUGUUCGUAUCGUUCCGUUUGCAUGUCAAGAGAGAAUAUGUGCAUGAGAAAACUUGCUAGCGAAGUAAACAGUGGGCUGUCGGAAAGAAACGGGAAUGCUAGGUUAGGUUAGGAACGCGUGAGUGAAAGAGAACGAAAGGAAAGAAGAGAAUCAACGUGCACGUUUGCUGUGUGUGUUUGUGCGUGAGAAUUGUGUCUGGUGCUUCGGAUAAUGUUAAUUUCCCGCGCACGCGCGAGAGUGGCUCGUCGCGCGUGCAACUGUUCACACAUUAUACUUAAUGUACAGUCCGCGUAUUAUCGACACCUUAUUUUCACUACGAUGGAGUUAGGAGGGGUAAAAGGAAGGAUAAAAAGUAAGAAAGGGAGAGGAAAGAACGAGUGUGGCGCGUAUAUUGUUCUCGCUCUAAUCUCUGCUUCCCGUUCGUUUGAAUUCGAACCUUUUCGCGCUCGAGAAGAUGCGGGAAAUUUGAACCAGUCUUCCCGAGACGGUUCGAGAAAUUCGUCUAUAUCCGUGAUUCGUGAAUGCAAAUCCAACGUCUUUGUACAAGAACAAACACUAUCAACGAGCGUGAAGCAGAGUAAUCGGUGAGAAUAUAUCGCGACGAACGAAAGCAAAAGGAUAGAAAAUGAAAAAAAAAGAAAAAAAAUGGAGGCGAG